AUGUCGACCACCUCACUCGCCGUCGCCGCGGCCGACUCGACCCGUGAUCGGGACCCUUGCUCUCUCAUCCACCGUGUGACCCGCGAGAACCGCCACCUGUGGUACCAGCUGCUCGUCAUCCAGCAGCCCGAGCGUGCCCGCGCCUGCGGUGCCGGGACCAAGGCCAACAGCGACCGACGCCCCGUCGACCCCCCGCCCGUCGUCGAGCUGCGCAUCAAGGAGGGCGCCUCGUUCGAGGAGGGCAAGGACAUCACCUUUGACUACAACGCCAGCUUCUUCCUCUACGCCAGCCUCGAGCAGCACCGCAAGAUCGCCCCCGGCCGCAUGCAGGGCCAGCACAACCCCCCGAUCCUCACCGGCGUCCCCGCCUCCGGCAUGGCCUACCUCGACCGCCCCAGCGCCGCCGGAUACUUCAUCUUCCCGGACCUGUCGGUCCGCCACGAGGGCCAGUACCACCUCUCCUUCAGCCUGUUCGAGGCCACCAAGGAGGACAAGGACCUCGACCUCGAGCCCGUCGAGAACAACAUGGCCACCGGCGUCGACUGGCGCAUGGACAUCCAGACGUCGCCCUUUGACGUCUACAGCGCCAAGAAGUUCCCCGGCCUCAUGGAGAGCACCCAGCUCAGCAAGGACGUGGCCGAGCAGGGAUGCCGCGUCCGCAUCCGCCGCGACGUCCGUAUGAGGAAGCGCGAGGGCAAGUCCAGCCGCCACUCGAGGCGAGACGACGACGCCCAGGUGCCGCGUCACCGCACCGUCACCCCGGCCUCUUCCUCUGGCCCCGCCGGCCCGGCCUCCGAGGACCCCCACGCCGCCGCCGCCCGCGCCCGCUCCAUCAGCAACUCGAGCGAGCACCGCAUCCCCUACGGCGUCGGCAUGCCCGCCGGCAUGUCCGCACCCUCCCCGACCGCCACCACACCCGGCCACGACCACCACCAUCCCCACCAGCACCACCACCACCACCAGCGCAGGCCCUCGUCCAUCAUCGACGGGAACCCGGGCCCGCCCACGCGCCCUCCCCUCCCCCACUCGUCCUCCCAGGCUGCCUACGAGCAGCAGCGCCACCUCUCCUUCGGCGACCAGCAGCAGCACGGCGCGCUCCACUACGCCGCCCCCGCUCCCGUCCACCAGGCUCCCCCGCCCACCCUCGGCCCCGUUUCCCCCGGAGGCCCCUACACGCCCACCACGUCACAGUACCCUUCGACAUACCCGCCCGCUGCCGCCGCCGCCGCCGCCGCCGCCCCCCACCACCCUCAUCCUCAACAUCACGGCCACAGCCACAGCCACCACGGCCACAGCCACCACAACCACCACGACGGCAUCAGCAGCCGCCGCACCUCGAGCGCCACGACAGCGUACAUGCCGCCCUCGCCGUCCGUCUACUCGCACGACGGCGGACACCAGCCGCCCAGCCACGGCCGCCUGGACUCGUACCCUCACACGCCGGGCAUGUCGGCGGCCCCGGCGCCGCCCAUCCUCCCUCCGGCUCCGCUGUCCCGCAUGCACAGCAGCAGCAUCUCGUCGGCGACGGCGGCCACCGCGACCAGCCCGUCAUCGCAUCAGCAGCUGGCGCCGCUCAAGAUCGAACGGCUCGUGUCGCCCAUGCCGGUCAUCGAGCCGCAGACGGAGCCCAUGCCGGAGCCGCAGGCGGUGCCCACCGGCGGAAAGCGCAAGCACGACAUCGUCUUCCACCAGAGCCUGCACCAGCCGCUGCACAACCGGCAGAGGCAGCUGGAUCCCCACUACGGUGGGAGGAGUCGCGGUCUGUCGCCCGACCCGCAGGAGGGUGCGUACUCGAGGGCCGACGGCACGGUCGGUGUCAUCACCUUUAACCGUUACUCGUGA